CGCUCUCGUGACGUUAUCCGCGGCGCCGGGGGAAGAUGGCGGCUGCCACAGUGAUGGCCGCCCUGGGUCGGCGCCUCGCGGGCGCAAUGCGGCUGUCAGGAGCGCGGCAGGGCCUGGGGGCUGCCGGCCUGCCCGGCUUCACGCUGAACCUGUGCCGAGAGAACCUGGCACGAGCUGAGCCCCUCCGUCAUGUGAGGUCAGUGCAAACCACGCUGCCUCGGAAGGGACUGGAGGAGUUCUUCGAUGACCCGAAAAACUGGGGGGAGAAAACGGUGAAGUCUGGGGAUGCAUGGGAUAUAAAGCAGCUGAGGGCCAAGAGCAGCCAAGACUUGCACAAACUUUGGUAUGUCCUACUGAAGGAAAAGAACAUGCUUUUAACUUUAGAACAAGAAUCAAAACGGCAGCAGAAGCCCAUGCCAAGUCCAGAACGGUUAGAAAAGGUAGAAAAGUCUAUGAAAAAUAUUGACCUGGUUGUCAGAGAACGAGAAAUUGCUUUGAGACUUCUACAAACUGGCCAUGAAAAGCCAGUACCUGGAGAGUGGAGAAAUGACUUCCUGGGACGCACCUACUGGUAUUCGUACAAGGAAUGGCCGAUACCAUGGUACCUGAACAAGAAACACAAAAGAAGGAAAUUCUAUUACUUACCUCACGUGAACCGCUUCAUCAGGCUUAGACUUGAAAAAUACUUACGUCUAAGGAACAGAAGGCAGAACUUAGCCAAGAAGAAGCAGAAACUCUUAGAAAAAAAGUUUCCUCACCUUGCUGUAAAAUCUCAGAGCCUGUAACAUCCGGGAAAGCGCUGGAAGCAAUUGUCUGAGUGUCUUUGUGACCAGAGCAUGGAAAGCAAGUUCUGAAACCAGUGAACAACUUGACUGAGCAUUCCUCAUGGCCUCCGUCUUUAUUUGAUCUCACAAUUAGCCUACAUUAAAUUUGUGAUUUGAAAUGAGA